AUGGAUACGGCCAAUCCGCCGGGGAUUCUAAACCCUCUGGAGGAUAGAUCGGUAAUCAUGGGGGAAGAUAAGAAGGAAUCAACCGUGGAGAAACAAGAGAGGAGCUCGAUUUUGACGGAAGAGAAGAGCUGGGUUUCGGCGGCUCAGGAUAAGAAAAGUUUGAGGAAGUAUGAGGUAGAGAUAUCAACACAGGAUGGGAAGAACAAGGUGGUGAUACCAGAUGAGGUCCUUGCGAAUUCAACGCCGCUGUGGGAUGAUUUUAUCGUCGGGAAGUUUCUGGAUCUCGCUCCUCACAUGGCAAAGGUUCAUAUGGUGGUGAACAAGAUAUGGAAGUAUGGAGAGUUAGAAUCGAAGGUGGAUGUUUAUGAUGUAAAUGCGACAAUGAUGAGAUUUAGGAUCUCAAAUCCUAAAGCUCGCGAAAAGAUCCUAAAAAGGGGUAUGUGGAACAUUGCUGGAGUUCCCAUGGUGGUGACAAAGUGGACUCCAAAGACGGAGGAAGAGAAGCAGGAGGAGACUGCGAUUCCUAUGUUGAUUCAUUUGAGGAAGGUGCCAUUGCACAUGUAUUCUUGGCAAGGUCUUAGUUUCAUGACUAGCACCGUGGGGUUUCCUGAUCGACUGCAUCCUGAGACGAUUGCAUGUACUAAUCUUGAGGAAGCAAAAGUUUUUGUGAAUGUUGAUGUCUCUAAGCCUUUGCCCAAAGAAAUCGACUUCACUAAGGAGGGGAAGGAGUUCGCGGUGGAAUUUCACUACCCUUGGUUCCCAUCAAAAUGCAAUCUAUGGAGCAAGUGGGGUCAUACUGAGAAGGUAUGCGUUAUGAAUGGAAAAGAGAAGAGAAGAAAGGAAGCUCCACAAGAGCUAAGGGAUGCUAGUGGGGCUAAAACUGUCGCGCAACACUCUCCUAUUGAGGAAGGUAAACAGGAGAUAGUUCCCACUGUGAAGAGUCCCCAGAUAGUGGAAAAUGAUAAAUUGGAGGAAGAUGCAGUAAGUGUUCAGAAGGAAAGCAAAGUAUCAAACUGGUCAUUGGUCUCUCCAACGAAAGUAGGGAGGUCUCAAUCACCGCAGGGACACGCUCCUGAAGUACAGAUAUCUGCUUCAAAGUUCUCGGUACUCAGUGUGGAUGUAUCAGAAGAGGUAGAGGAAGGAGAAUUUUUAGUGGAGGAUCAGGAGGAUAAUGAGGAAGAGGAACUGGAGAUUAGUGAAAAGACAAAAGAUUUGGAAGAAGAUCAGAUAGAAGAUGACAUAUUAGCUCAACAAAGUAGAGGCAAGGAUAAGGUGGGUGCUCCGAGAGGGAGGAGAAGAGGUCAGAAGGCAAAAGCUCUGGAUGCAAAUCCAUUAAAGAUCAAGGAGUGGAUUCGAAACAAAGAUAUGAAGUUUGGUUGUCUGCUAGAAACAAGGAUUAAAGAAAGGAAUGCAGAGAGAAUUAUGAAGGAGGUAGAAGAAAGAAAAGAGCUGUGGGAGGAUCUUUGUAAUCACCAUAACUCUGCUAUGUUCAAAAAUAAGGAGUGGGUGAUAAUGAGAGAUUUCAAUAAGAUUUUGGAUGGUGAAAAGAAUUCGAGGUUUGAAAGGUUGAGAACACUGCCUAGAGGUAUGAGAGAUUUUCAGAGAACGAUGUUGCAUUGUCAUCUUUCUGACCUGGCUUAUCAAGGACUGUUAUUUACUUGGAGCAAUAAACAAGAAGAAGACAUCAUCUGCAAAAAGUUGGAUAGGGUCAUUAUGAAUGAUGCUACACUUCAUUGGUUUUCAACUGCUUAUUCUGUAUUUGAGCCUGGAGGCUGUUCAGACCACAUGCGAUGGUUUCUUCCAAUGGUGGAGGAGUAUUGGAAAACCACUAAGACUCUCUUUCAUUCCACUUCAGCAAUGUACAGAUUCUCUAAGAAGUUGAAGCAGCUGAAGCCGAUGAUCAGAGAAUUGGGUCGAAAUGGGUUGGGGAAUUUAACUAAAAGAACUAAGGAGGCAUAUGAGAAGCUUUGCGAUAAACAGAGGAGUACGCUUGCUAAUCCGGGUGAAGUAGCAACACAGAAAGAAGCUGAAGCCUACGAGAAGUGGCUGCAUGUAGCUAACCUUGAAGAGGACUUUCUAAAGCAGCCUGAGUAUCAAGGAGCUACGGAGGAUGAGCUAAAAGAUAACUUGGAUUUCAGAUGUAGUUUGGAGGAUUGUAGUAUGUUGGAGGCGGAAGUAACUAAGGAAGAGAUUCAUAAGGUUCUUUUUGCCAUGCCAGCUAGCAAAUCACCUGGUCCUGAUGGGUUUCCAUGCGAGUUCUUCAAAACUACAUGGUUUAUCAUUGGUCAUGACUUCACGGUAGCUAUUCAGUCGGUUUUCAAGUUUGGUUUUCUCCCUAAAGGGGUAAACUCCACGAUACUAGCUCUGAUCCCUAAGAAGACGGACUCUAUGGAGAUGAGGGAUUACAUGCCGAUUGUGCUAAUAAUCUGCGAGAACCAGUCAGCUUUUAUCAAAGGUCGAUUGCUCAUGGAGAAUGUGCUCUUGGCUUCAGAAAUGGUGAAGGAUUAUCACAAGUCUUCAAUAUCUCCAAGGUGUGUAAUGAAAAUCGACAUCUUUAAAGCUUUUGAUUCUGUUCAGUGGGAGUUUGUUCUGAAGGGAUUAAAAGCAUUGGGUUUUCCGGAAAAGUAUAUACAUUGGAUUAAGCUGUGUAUUACGAGUCCGUCUUUCUCGGUUCAAGUGAAUGGGGAUCUUGCUGGCUACUUUCAGAGUGCGAGGGGUCUGAGACAAGGCUGCUCACUUUCUCCUUAUCUCUUCGUGUUAUGUAUGAAUAUCCUAUCUAAGAAGAUUGAUAGAGCAGUGUUAGAGCAAAAGUUCAAAUACCACCCCCGGUGCAAAUCUCUCUCCCUCACCCACUUGUGCUUCGCGGAUGACUUGAUGGUGUUUGUUGAGGGAUCAAAAGAAUCCAUUGAAGGUGCUAUUGAGGAGUUUAAUGACUUUGCGGUAUGGUCAGGGUUGAAGAUCAGCAUUGUGAAAUCCACAAUCUAUAUGGCUGGUGUCUCUGCAGAAGAGAGGACAAGAAUAUUAUCAAACUUUCCCCUAGCUGUGUGA